ACAAAAAUUGAAAAAGUUGGCAUCUAGAGAAGUGAGGGAGAUUAUUUGUAGCUAGAAAGUACUAGAACCCUCAUUCGCUCUUCUUUUAUCCCACAACUCAUACCGCCCACUUGGCUUAUCUUCUGACUUUAGGGUUUCUGUUUCUUCUUCCCUAAUACUUUCUCUAGGGUUUUUCACUUUUUCUUCCCACCGUCUUUGUAUAAUCCGAAGCAAUGAGUCGUCAUCCUGAGGUGAAAUGGGCUCAGAGACUGGACAAAGUCUUCAUCACUGUUCAACUCCCUGACUCAAAGGAUUCUAAGGUCAAUCUUGAACCAGAUGGAGUAUUCACUUUCUCUGGUAGUGCUGGUUCGGAGAAUCAUCAUUAUGAACUGAAGUUGGAGCUUUUCGAUAAAGUUAAUGUUGAGGAAAGUAAAGUUAACAUUGGAGUUCGGAGCAUAUUCUGUAUCCUAGAAAAGGCAGAGAAGGGAUGGUGGAAAAAGCUAUUGCGUGGAGAUGGAAAACCACCCCAUUAUGUCAAAGUAGAUUGGGACAAAUGGGUGGAUGAGGAUGAAGAUGAUGGAACUGCUGGCCUAGGUGACUUGGAUUUGGGAGGCAUGGACUUUUCGAAAUUCGGCGGUAUGGGCGGCAUGGGUGACAUGGACAUGGGAGACAUGGGCGAUAUGGGAGAUGAUAACGACUCCGAUGACAGUGAUGAUGAUGAACAAGAGGUGUCAAAGCCAGAAAAAAGUGGCGAUAAGGUGGAGUCUGCAAAGCCGGAGGGUGAAAUCAAAGGUGGAGUUGGGUCCUCAGAAGAGAAAAAGGAAGCUGCAGCUAGCACAUGAUUUUGCGGGGUUCAUAAAUAACCAAGCAUUUGAUAAUGUUUUCAUAGUUGUGGCUUGAAUUUUUGAGCUUUAUGAUGUGGCCUAUUUCAUCACUGUGUAAUUUCUCUGGAACUGCUAUUUUUGAACUGCUUAAAUCUUUGCAAUCCAGGAAAAAAUAUUAUUUCACUAGUCUAUACUAGAUGAUGCAUUAGAAUGA